AUGGUUAGUUUCAGCAUUUGUUUUUGCAAAUUUUCUGCCGAUGACUCAUCGCAUUCACUAAUUUGACACUCCAAAAAUAGUACAACUCGUUUUGUUGACCGCAUUUCGAUCGAGGAAAAUCGUUCAACCGACGUACACUUUUUAAAUUGAGAAACUUUUCCGUUUGCUUUGUCUUCAAAUCCGAUCAGAUCUCUCUCGCUCGGAAAUAUUGAUUUCCGCUCGAGAAGCAGAGAAAAAUAGAAAGCAAAACAAACAAAACAGAUGAUAUUUCUCAUAUUUCACACGAUAACCGGUCGGUUUUUGAACGACCAACCACAAUUAAAAUUCCAUCCUCUCUUAAUAGUUCUCUGAUAAAUUCCAGUUUCAAGACACCGUCUAGAGGUGUGAUAAGAGCAUUUUCUUAUCAAAAUGUCCGACACCUUUCUAUCAUUUUUUGCAUUGGCGAUUUGUAAUAGGUCUGAAAGUGUUCCACGCCGACAUAAAUAGACAGGUGUGACGUCACGUGAUGCCAGCGCUACGCAACAAAAAACUGGUUCCUUGGGGAGAAAUAGACUGAAUUUCUCAGAAUUGCCUUUAUGCAUCGAAGGUAGAAGAAAUAUACUAAUGAAAACUGCUGAGAGCCUAAUUGAAUUUGAAUUUCAAACUAUAGUUAUUUAGCAUUCCACAACUCAUGCAUCUUUUCAAUUGUUUACACCCCGUUGUAACACCAACGACAUGAAAUAGGCCAGUGUAAUUGUUGAAUUAUUAUUAUGCACCGAAAAUUGAAAUGAAAAACGGAACAGGUGAAAUUCGCUGCUUUGUUCUUGCCUUUUCACCUUUCACACUUGUGUGUAUUUAGAUUUCGUUCAUUUCCAUCCAUAUCAGCCAUUUUCCACUCUUCACGCCUACAAUUGACUCUAAAUACAUUCUCAAAAUGCGAGGGAAACUCUUGCUCACUGCUCCAGCUAUUUCAUAAUCCAUUUCAAAAUAUUCGUCCUAGCAUUCCGUCCUCUUACCUCUCCUCACACCUCAAUGUUUUCUAAUCCAUAAUUAGCAUAAAAGGUGAGUCCAAGGACGUCGUCUUCCUCUCUCGAUUCCUUCCCGGGGAGUGGUCUUUUCCUCAUUCUUUCACAAUAUAAUCGUAGUGAUAACGGGGGCGCAAAACGAAGAAGAAUCGGGUGCGCUCUCGGCCUCACGCACUACUAAUCCGUGCCUAGCAACGACCAAAGACGAGCCCUUUUCCCUCCAAUCUUAUUCCGUUUCAUUGCAGACUGAUAUGAUGAUUGUGGUCGAGCCGCAAGGUCUCGGACUCGUUCCUUGGGACAAGUUGGCCGGCUAUCUCAUCUUGGGAGUCACCUACUUUUUCAAGUUCUUCAUCAUCGGUGAGUCAUUUUUAUUGGUUUGUUUCAACAAAAAAAAGCAGUCACACAGUUUGUUUGCUCGUGAUCUUUUCCUCAAAACUUUGUGGCGCAGAUCUCUGCGAAACCACUUGGACCACCGGAAACGUGCUGUUUUUCAGUGGGAGGAGCGAUCCCGUAUGUAUUCCAGUACGCAGAAGUUCACCAUCGUCGGAAUGCUUCAGGAUUCUCUCUUUUCGUUUGUCUCGCCCUUUGCGUCGCCAACAUCCUUCGUAUCCUUUUCUGGUAUGUUUUUAAAAUCCAGUUUUAUCGAAGCGGGCGUCGGUGGGAUUUUAAGCUUAAUUUGAGAAACGAAACCUAAAUUACUUGAUUCAUCAGAAGUUUUAUAAGAUUGAAAGACCAAAACAACUUAACAUUGCUCGAUCUGAGAUUCUAAGCGUUCCCUUCCAGGUUCGGAAAACGAUUUGACAAUGCCCUUCUUGCUCAGAGUAUCGUGAUGCUCAUUUGUAUGGUUUUCAUGUAAGUUCUCCGUUCAUUUUCAUGUUUUAUUCUCAAACAUCCAUAUUUCCAGGCUCGAAAUUGCCGUCCGAAUGAACCGAAAACACACAGCGAAGCCGUUGAGGAAGUCAAUUCUCAGUGAGUUUUCCGAUGAUUUUUUUGUAGAAUCUCUCGACUGCCAAACUGUGACUGCCAAACUCUUGAUCUAUCCCAGUGUCCUCUCCCCUUUUCCGCAUGCCUUUUCGUCCGUUUUUGUGUGUGAAUGGGAAUGGGAAUACGAGACGCUUCGAUGACGUCAGCAGAAUUCAGAAAAGAGUCGGAGAGGAUAUUUUAGGACACUGGGCACAGCUAUUCAUAGAUUUGAUCAGCUAACAAAAAGGAGAAAUGUUGUGACCUUCUAACCAGGAAGUAAUCUUCGAACUGCUCUGUUCGCCCCUUUUCAUAAAACUCAGACAUCCCUCCCUUCGAAAUCCAAUUUGAAUAAUUACACUCUUUGCUCUCUGUCCGCCAGUUUUCAGCCCUUGUUCACAUUUUCCACCCUUUCCGUAUCCAUAAUUCAUCUUCCCAGCAACGGGCGCCUCUUCAUUCCACAUCACUCUAGUUGUUGCAAACUUUUUCUUUGCGUUGGUUCAAAUUCGGAAGUACGUCUUUGCUCUGCCGAAUUAUUCAUACCGAAAUGAGAAAAAGGCAAGGGGAAAGAGAAGAGAUUUUAUAUACAAAAAAGGGUUACACCGAUUGAAAUCAGAUCGAGCGAGGAAAAUAAAUUAAUUAUGGCAUGGGAAGAUGAACACGUCCGAAGGGAAGAGAAAAGAUAAAAACGAAGAGAUACCGAUCGGUUACGAAGCCGUCGUCUGCAAUUGGAAUCGCAUAGAUAUUUGAGAUAACACUGGUGGAAAGGGGCUGUGUUAGCAGCCAGAAUAAUUUGAACGGAAAGGUUGACGGGAGGAAGGGAGUGGGGAAAGUAGUCUCACCUUGUUAUUAGGAGUUAUGAGCCCAACUACAUUCGGCUCCGUCUGCCUCCGCUUCGAUCGGACUUUCGUGGUCAGCAUCCCGUUUUUGUUCGAUGACAUUUCGAAUGAGCGAUGUCUUGUUUGCAUUUCCUUCAAAACUUUCAUCAAUUCAAGAGACUCCUUGUCCAAAACUACUCACUUUUUCUUUGUGCCUGUUGACAUGUCUGGCGAUCCUCUGUAGAAUGUUAUCGGGAGGAGCAGGAACGAAGGGAAGACAUCGGCUGGCAAACUGCCAAAUGGGAACCACCAGCCGAAAGGCCGAUCGUUUGAAUUCUUUGACAGUGAAUGAGUAGAUAAUUGGAUUGAGCAUCGAAUUGCAGUAUCCGAGCCAACUUGCCACGUCAAUGGCAAUUGGGGGAAUACAACCAGAACACUUGUAGUCUAAAUAGUGGUUUUGGAGUUCACGAAACGAAAAUAAAUCGACUUACUUGUAAGAUAUAAUCCGAAAAAGGGAAGCCAGCAGAAUAGAAAAGAGCAAGAAACGACGCCGAGAGUCUUCGCAAUCCUUUCGUGCGUCCUCAGAACCCUCCGCUGAUGCUCCACCAUCCCGUUUGUUUUGCCAAAGUGUACGCGGAGUGUUGUCUGAAAGCGCGGAAGUUUGUGAAUAAUUCACCGAUCGGAAGCAUUUAAGGCAAACAAGUUUAAGAAGUUCUCCCCUGCAUAACGAUACCUGCUGACUGAGUGUGUUCGUGAGAAAGUUCAUGUUCUGGCCGAGAAUCAUGAGAAAGCCACGGUCUAGAGCUUUUUGUCGGUUACGAGCCAAUUUGUAGAUUCUCCAGUAGAGGGUGAGGGUGACGGAAGCUGGGAGGAAGAAGGCGAACACGACACUGUGCGCCAAGUGACGGAUCUCAUUGCCCACGAAGCACAAUGACUUAAAGAGAACAUCAUCUUGAAAAGACACAAUAGUAGAAACUCACGUCAUCGUAGCAUUCCGGCUGUUCCCACCUGACAGUGGUGAGCAGAAUUGAAGAGGAAAAAAUCCAUAUGGUAGUCAUUACUGUGAUCACUUUCGUCUUUGUCACAAUAGUUUUGUAUCGCAACGGCCUCGUCACUGCCAAGUAUCUGUCCACUGAUAUCACACAAAUGGUAACCUGAAAUGGCAUUCCAUUGGAAAAUCUCGUCUGAGUCAUGUUGUACUCACCACGGAGCAUGUGCAAAACGUCACAUCAGCAGCUACCCAUAAACGACAAAGAAACCUUCCGAAUAUCCAUUUUCUGUAGAUCAGAUAGACGGCACCCAUAGGAAGGACUAUGAUUCCGACUAAAAAGUCGGUUAGUCCGAGGUUCCAUACGAGAAGAGUCGUGUUGGUGCGGCCGACUCUCGCUUUGAAAAAGAGCACUAACAAGUUACCGAAGACGGUCAGAAGGAUAAUGAUCACUGCCGGAAUGCAAAGAAGAACUAGAACUGCUGGAGGUAGCUGCUCGCCCGUUCGAAGCUUCUCUCGGAGUAUUAUUCGAAGCUUAAAUGUCUCAACGGUAGAGAUUCAAAACAGGCGAUUUUAUGCGCUUGCGCCUGUUCUGCAUCCCUACUCAACGGUUCUGAUUUCAUUCUUCGUUUUUGCCUACCUGCUCUUUACACAACUCUGAAACGACGUCUGUUGCGUUGCCCAUACUGAUGCCUGCCAGGUUCGCAAUCUGUGCAUAAUCGACCUCAUUGUCUCCAUCGGAGACAACAAACAUGACGGUAUCACGUGGCAAUGAUCAGACGAACGAAUGCGUUUUGGGUGUUUCUGAGAUAAAGCAGGCGCUUUUGUUGCGAAUCGAAAGAGGACCGACGAGCACAAACGGGUGCAAGAAAAGAAGGAGCAGGGGGAAAAAGAGGACAAAUAGAAUUUUGGCGCGGAUGAAUGGGAAGAUAAUCAGAAGAAGUAGAAAAGGGGCGCGAAGUAGGAGUAGGAGGAGACGACGAAAUCGCGUGCCGACGAGGUGCUCUUCGAGGCGCCCGUUUUGGAAACAUGCCCAGUCAUUCUGGGGUACCAUUCGAGGGGGACACCUUUCACGCCCACAUUGUGACGGAGGAAGAAGGUGUAGCCGACUAAGGAGACGUUCCGGAACUGAAAGUCGAGCAGAAAGAAGCAGAAAACGGAGAAGAUGAAGCGGAUGGAGUCGAGAGUUGCGGUCAUCAUCAUCCCAUCAUCAUGUGAUAUUGAGUGCGCGCGCAGGUUCUCACACACAACGCGCUCUCGCAGGACGAUGAAGCGAAGGAAGAAGACGAAGAAGCAGAAGGACGUGUGAGAAAACGGAAGGAGCAGAAGAAGAAGAAGAAGCCGUUGGACUCUUGAUAUAUAACUGAGAGGUGCCCAACUCUCGACCAGAAUUUGCACCUUACUCGGAAAGGGAAGGAAGGUCAAUUGUAGGAGAUGGGCAGGUUCGCAGAUGGCAGCGUCUUCAACCUUCGCGAGAGAUUAUCCUAUUCCUGGAUGGAGGAAGGCACCGUCUGGCACGACGAACUGCCUAAUCGAAACAAUUAGGAGGUGGAAUGGCAAAUGAGAAAUCGAGGAAGUCGAGAAGAGAUCGUAGAUCCUAAUGUUUCGUGAAACACUUCCAAAGUUGUUCGAUGAUCUUUCGAGCGACAUGUUCUAGGAAAAGCUAUUUUGCUGGAGAAGUCCGUUCAAAACAUGCUGCGGAGUCCCUUUGGAAGCCGUCAACCGUGAGAACGUCAACAUAAAUGUGCAACUGACAAGAAAAGCGGGAAAAGUUAAUAUUUUCAAAAAAGAAGAGUAUGAAAGAUAGGUCUAAAUGUGUGCCAAACGUGGUGUCAAAAAAGGGACAAAAGGGAAGGGACGAGCAGAAUAAUAAUUGGUAAGAGAAGGGAGAAAAGUCAGGGAAGUUGAGUCCAGCGGGAUCUGUGAAUGAAAAGGCCAAAAGUACACAUGUAAAAUGGGAACUUGAAUGUGUGCCAAUAAGGGAAUUAUCUACAUUCAUUCGUCACGACGAAAAAGUUCCUUCCUCAUUCUUGAUUUUAAGUUCGAUACUUGAACUGAUGAGCUAGACACAGAAAGGUUGUCAACAAGGAUUGACUCCUAUUUCAUCCAUGGGACGUAGGGCGUUGUGCUGUUCACCCAAGAGAUCUAUCUGCCUAGUAAAAUCCCUUCCGAAGCCGUCUUCCUUCCCUCCUUUUUUGGAAAUUUUCUGUCAUUCCUUAGGUCGUCGUUGUCGAGGGCAAAAGUGUGAAGAAGAAGACGAAGCAUAGGAAGAAGUGUGCCGUCGCACUGGUUUAUGAAUAAGUGAUGGCGUUCUAUGGUUUUCGCGUGUGGUGCACGCGUCUUGGUGCGAGGCUCGUGAGAGCCUAGCCGCUGCCCGGAGCAACUCGGAAAGAGAUAUCAUCGACGGUUGUAAUUGUGAUGAAAGCCAUCAUCCAAAUGAGCGGUAUUGACGGGAAGAAACGAGGCACAUGGGAAGAAGAAGAAGACAAAGGAACUGAGCUUCGGAGUCAGGUGGUCGCCGCAAUUAUGAUUGAUAAACAGACUGAUAGACUUGGGGAAACUCACGGAACUGGCCGUGAGGAGGGAACAUCCAAAACAUGACCUCUAAACUGAUUUGGAAAAGAUGAAAAGGAAAAAGCAGACUGCCCACAUGUAAAUUUGAGGCAGAACCUAAAAAACAUGGACUUGCUCUACUCAGCCUUUAUAUUUUGAGACGCGGCUAAAUGCUUAGAAGUGGCCGAUAGAGCCCUUCUUGAUUAGUGCAACGCUCAUUUUUCGAAGUAGUGGUUCGUUUGAAAUUAAGAAUUAGCAUAGUAAUUGAAGAGCGAACGAUACAAUCGGCUUAUCCUUUUCCCUCAUUCACCUUUUUUCCCAUUUUCUCAUCGCCGUUGUCUGUGGCAGACGUGUGCUUUGAAACACCAUAAUUCGAUCUGCAAAUUGUAAAGGUUUCUGGUGUGUUUUUGGAAAAAAAGAAGACGAAUUCUUUUUUCUGUCUUCUGUCCACACAUACCGAGAAAUAGCAUUAGGGAUUUGCACACAAAUGACCGAACAGACAGAGGGCAGAGAAAAGAGAAAAGGAGAGGCUAACGGGGAGCACGUGCACGAGAUUCCCUUCAAGUACCAUAAAAAGUCAAGGAUCAGGUCAAGCGAGGAGCGAAUAUUGAAUAACGUCUUCUUCUCCUUCUUCUGCUUCUUCAUCGUGCCCGUUUUGCACACUAAGAGUGGGCUCCUGGAGCAAACGCAAAAGAAAGAAAAGAAAGGGGAAGAAGACGUCGCAGUUUCCGUCAGAAGAAGAGUUCAAUUCGAUUUCAGCGCGGAUUACUUUUCGACAAAAAAAAUGUGCGCGCCCCUAGUGUCGUCGACUUUUCGGAAUUGAAAACGAGAAAAAGAAGGGGAGUGAGCGUAGGGAGCUCUUCGAAAACUGGCCGAGAACUGUAAUGAGCACACGAAUGAGUUCGUAAUUGUAGCCCCGAGGGAGUUGUUUUCAAUUGAAAUGUCAAGUGUAACAAACAAACAACGGAGGAGUGUCCUUUCCCUUCGCCGUGUUUUCCGUGGUCCCAUCCCGUUUGAAUAAGCCAUCUUAGAUUCGUGCUCCUUCAAAUUGCAUUCACGGACACUGCCGCCCGCAUGGAAAACUCGAUGGUAGGGGCGGUAAACAAUGAUUUCUGGGUGCACACGUGAUGGCGACAGAGCGCCCCGAACUCGGACACGUCGUGCGAAUAUUCGGAGACGUUGCAAAGAAAAGGGGCGGAGCUUUGAAGUGGCAACCAGCAGGAAAAGAGAGCGCUGUCAGCAUCAUUAACGCGUUUCAUGACACGGGAGGAAGAGAAGAAAAUGUUGGAAACAAAUAUGAGUCGGAUUACAAAAACAUUGAGAAGACCUCACUUCGCCUGAUCUCUGGCAUUUACAAAUCAAAAAUAUUUAUGCAUUCAAUCAAUUGCCAACUCAUACCUCUUCUCCUCACCGCUUCACUCCAAUUUUCUCUAGAAUGCCCCUAACACGUCCGCAUCCCGAUCCGUCCGUCUGAAUGUUUUGCUUGCAAUUCCUAUCCGUCGUGAUGUGAUUGUCAUCAUUCGUUUCGUUCAUUUUAGAGCAAACGUACCAUCGGAGUCGACUCGCUAACGCGUUUUACGUGAUAAUCAAUGGAAAAUGGGACCACUUCAAAGGUGAAAAGGCAGAUCGCGUCCUUGUGGAACCUACCGUAACUCUCUCCCUCUCCAGUUGUGUGGGCCCUUUCUCUCUUUCUCUCACUCUCUCCUCCCUCUCUAAUAUCUGUGAUGGAAAGAGCGAAGCAGUAAAGCCCUUCCUUCGAAUCAUCAGAAUUCGCUAAUCCCAAAAUGUAACUUCUUCUCAUUUCAGAAGGAGACUUCUUCUCCGCCUUCUGGGCAUGGCACGACCUCGCCUCCUUCCUCAUCGCUCUGCUCGUCUUCACAGUAUUCUGGUCCGUUACCACGUACCUUCUCAUCAAUGUAAGUGAUAUUUUUGUUUGCAAAUUCAAGAACUCAAUGCGUUUUUUUUUCAGCAAACGGUGUACAUUGAAGCGAUCGGAUUGGUGGCUCUUCUCACGGAAGCAACUCUUGGAGUUCCUCAAUUGCUCAGGAAUUUCCAGAGAAAAUCAACACAAGGAAUGAGGUGAGCAAAAAAGUGCAUAAAACAGCCUGGGAAUCCGAGUGAGCCAUCUGACCGAAAAUGUGCUCUGCUCUCUCGGUUUCCCUGCAAACAAACCUGCACAAAUCCAAAGUUCGUUCCGCCAAAACAAAGUAACGAAUAAAAACGAGACAUUCGAAAAAACAGAUCGGAUUUCGCGUAACAUUGCAUUUUGGACGAUGGUCUCACUGCUGGAAGUGACGCUUUCGAAAAGAAAAACAAACGAAAACGGGAAUCACAGAUUGUAUCCGAUGGCAGUCAAAUACGAUUAUUUUGAAAAAAUUUAAAAAAACGAAAUACGAUCAAACGUCGUGAAUCAUCCGCCAACGUUGUUUUUAUUUUCAGUAUCCCGAUGGUGUUGGCCUGGUUGGCGGGAGAUCUCGCGAAGACCGGAUAUUUCGUGGCGACCGGCAGUCCGUUGCAGUUCUGGAUCUGCGCUAUUCUUCAGGUUCUAUUGAUUCGCUGAAAGCCAUCUAGUUUGAAAUGUUUUUAGAUUUCGAUCGAUAUAUUCAUUCUCGGCCAAGUGUUUGUCUAUCGGAAAAACACGAAUCAGCCGGAGCUGCCGUACACGGCGAACAAUCAGACGACGAGUUCGUCCGAAGGAGCCGUCAUCGACUGA